GAAAAUUCUGUCGAAACUUCAUAAUUUCCCCUAGACGAACUCGCUCCUACUGAGUCGGCCAUGUGGAGAAACUCGCUGAGUUUUUCAUCCAAACUCGCCCACUCUAAUUCGAGUUAUUGUCUCCCCUUCUUCCUUCGCACUUCCCCGAAACCUUCCUAUCAUGCCCUUCUUGGCCGAUCUAAUUCCACAAGCCCAGAGUCCACGUCGGUGGCCGAUCCAGUGAAGUGGUCCGAGUCCGGUCCUGGGAUCGUAAAUUUUGGGGCUCAUGCCGCGUCAGCCAGCGCCGCUGACUUAUCGUCGUUAGCGGCUUCGUCGAUGGGGAAGGCUAAGGAUGUGGCGUACUUGGCCAAGCAUUAUGGUCGCUGUUAUUGGGAGCUCUCAAAAGCUCGUCUGAGCAUGCUAGUUGUUGCUACUUCUGGCACUGGAUAUAUCCUUGGUAGUGGCAUUUCCAUUGACUACCUUGGUCUUUGCUGUACCUGUGCUGGCACGAUGAUGGUUGCAGCUUCUGCCAACUCCUUAAAUCAGGUUUUUGAAGUAAAUAAUGAUGCCAAGAUGAAACGAACCAGACAUAGACCACUUCCAUCAGGACGUCUUACUGUACCUCAUGCAAUCACCUGGGCAUCUUCUGUAGGUGUAGCUGGCACUGCUUUGUUGGCCUGCAAGGCUAAUAUGCUGGCAGCUGGCCUUGCAGCUUCAAAUCUUUUUCUUUAUGCAUUUGUAUACACUCCACUAAAGCAGAUACAUCCAGUAAAUACUUGGGUUGGGGCUAUUGUUGGAGCCAUUCCACCUCUUCUUGGGUGGGCUGCAGCUUCCGGCCAGAUUUCACUUAAUGCAAUGAUUCUCCCAGCUGCUCUAUAUUUUUGGCAAUUACCUCAUUUUAUGGCCCUAGCAUACUUGUGUCGCAAAGAUUAUGCAGAUGGAGGGUUCAGGAUGUUUUCUCUUGCCGAUGCUUCAGGUCUGAGAACGGCCUUGGUUGCUUUGAGGAACUGCCUAUAUCUACUUCCCUUAGGUUACCUUGCGUAUGAUUGGGGUAUAACAUCUGGGUGGUUCUGCAUCGAGUCGACGAUACUUGCUCUUGCGAUUAGUUGUACUGCAGCAUCCUUCUGCAUGAACCGGACGGCAAAAACAGCCAGGAGAAUGUUCCAUGCUAGCCUUCUUUAUCUUCCGGUGUUUAUGUCUGGCCUUCUAGUUCAUCGUCAAUCUGACAAUGAGCAGUCUGUGCUAGUGGAGAAGUCACAUAAGUUCGUUGAACUUCUUCCUUCCCUGGAAAGUAUUGAAGACUAUGCGGAACACAUUCCUCAGAGAAAAUAUAAACGUGAUGGGGUCGGUUCUCAAGCACGGCCACCUGUGGCAUACGCCUCAGUCGCGCCAUUUCCUUUCUUGCCUGCUCCUGCAUAUGUUAGUAGCUAAAUUAUUUCUUCUUUAUAAGUUUAAAUAAAAAAAGGAGGAAAAGCCAAUGGGGUAUACUUUUAGAUUUUGUUUUUGAUGUGAGAAAAAUUCAGUAAGUGGUGUAGAACAUAUUGGCUCUACGAUGUGAGCUGUCGUGUUGAUUUGUAUAUGCAAAAAGGGGCGAGUAACGUUUUCGUUUGGGCUGCUGCUGCUGCUGUGGUCCGUUCUAUUUUUUCGUGGAAAAUAUUGAUUAUUUCUUUGGGAUUUAAUUCUAUACUUAAUGUAAUUACAUAACAAAAAUCUUGACACGAUUACAUGGAUAGAGAGAAGACCUUAUUCAAUAAGGUUUUAAGCCUCUCUUUGGUAGGAUUAUAAUCA